UUGUUGUUGAGGGAAAACCCGGCAGGGCUCGGAUCUCCACAGCCCGGUCCCCACUGCGCGCAAUCACGGCAGCUGGAGCGGCGGCGGAGUCGGUGCGCUCUAGCUGACUACACCAACCUCCUCAUCCCCCGGCUCAGUCCGCAGCCCGUGCUCCUCUCCGUCCUCUAGAUGCCUCCGAGCUUCACCAACUACUGGCGUUCAGCUGCAGACUGCGACACUAUGAAACAGCGUUAACUAUUUUUGGUUUUUAUUUGUUUGUCUGUUUUCGGUUUUCCGUUUUGACGCAUUUAUUUGGAGAAAUAAGACAAGAAAAGCCAACAUACUCUCUCCAUGAUCUGGAAGUUUGGGAGCGUGUGUCGCUCUGGAGGAGAGGAUGCUAUGGCAGUCCCAGUGAAAACAUCCGUGGCUCUCCUGGUUCUCGCCGUGGCAGCUGCCCUCUGCGCAGACGUAGAGGAGAGGCUGGUGAGUCACCUGUUGUCAGCGGAGCGGUACAACAAGCUGAUCAGGCCGGCUGUCAACAACAGCCAGCAGGUCACCAUUUACAUACAGGUGUCUCUGGCCCAGCUGAUCAACGUGAACGAGAGGGAGCAGAUCAUGACCACCAACUGUUGGUUAACCCAGGGAUGGAACGACUACAGAUUAAGGUGGGAUCCAAACGAGUACGAGGGAAUCAAGAAAAUUCGACUCCCGUCACAGCACAUCUGGCUGCCAGAUAUCGUCCUCUAUAACAAUGCUGACGGAACGUAUGAAGUUUCCUUCUACUCCAACGCUUUAGUUUCCAACAACGGAGAUGUUGACUGGCUCCCACCGGCCAUCUACAAGUCCGCCUGUAAAAUCGAAGUCCGGGACUUCCCCUUUGACCAGCAGAACUGCACCCUCAAGUUUCGCUCCUGGACGUACGACCACACAGAAAUAGAUCUCAUCCUGCUCAGCGAUUACGCCUCGCGGGAUGACUUCAAACCCAGCGGUGAGUGGGAUAUUGUUUCCCUGCCAGGACGCAAGAAUGAAGAUCCAAAUGAUAUCAGAUACCUGGAUAUCACCUAUGACUUCAUCAUCAGGAGGAAACCUCUGUUCUACACCAUCAACCUGAUCAUUCCCUGCAUCCUCAUCACCUCCCUGGCCAUCCUGGUCUUCUACCUUCCUUCAGACUGUGGUGAGAAGAUGACUCUUUGCAUUUCUGUCCUCCUGGCCCUGACUGUGUUUUUGCUUCUUAUUUCAAAGAUAGUGCCACCAACGUCUUUAGCGGUGCCUCUGAUUGGGAAGUAUCUAAUGUUCACAAUGGUGCUGGUCACCUUCUCCAUCGUCACAAGCGUUUGCGUGCUCAACGUCCACCAUCGGUCCCCGAGCACACACACCAUGCCAGCUUGGGUCAAGCGGGUCUUCCUGCACCGGCUCCCUUCAUUCCUCUUCAUGAGGAGACCCGGUAGCUCCAAUAUCCGCGAGAGGUUCAGGAAAAAACACCAGAGGCAAAAGAGCUCAGACCAGAGGCCAUGUGGAGCGGAGGGUGGGACGGGCAUCUCUGCGGGAGUGGCGGAUUCUUCGUCGUCCUUCUUUGUCAACGAGGACUCGGCCAAACGCUACGGCUGGAGAAUCAGUGACUCGUCAGAGAACACAGACAUCAGGAGGAGGAUGACGCUCAAGAGCAACAUUGAUGUGGAGGAUGCAGUGGACGGCGUACGCUACAUUGCUGAGAAAAUGAAGAGUGAAGAUGAUGAUGAGGGGAUCAUUGAAGACUGGAAAUAUGUGGCCAUGGUGAUUGACCGCCUCUUCCUGUGGAUUUUUGUAUGUGUGUGCGUGGUCGGCACUUUGGGACUUUUCAUGCAGCCCCUGUUCCAGAGUUACAACACCCCAGUUGUUGACGACACAGACCAUAAAUGAAGCCUAAAACAUCACGUUUUAAAUUUUAACAGGACUCUGAAAUGAAAUGUAUUUUCCUGGAAAUAAACAUAUCUAUGAGGCGAUGUUUGACAUAUGAAUCAUGAACGACCAUCAUUUACGAAACCCUGAUAUAAAGCCCAGCUCCCCUACGGCACCUGUUGACCUUCGAUCUUCUGAUUUUAUCACCCUCUACACACAAAUCGCCAACGCGCUCAUAUCAGUUAAUUUAUAACCCUAAUGUUGGCUACAUCUUUUGUUAAAUAAUACAAUUUAAAGUAUCAUCAGAAAGUGUUGACACCCUUUGAACCUUGUUACAUUUAGCAACACUGCAACUACAAACUUUAAUGUAUUACACAGAUUUUAUGGGAUAGACUAGUGUCCAAAGUCAGUCCUGAAAGGCUUAUAGACCAGGGAUGUCCAAACUUUUUGGUUCAUGGGCCGAGAUUAUCAAGUCAAAGGCACUAGAGGGUCAAAA